UCCUACAUGGAUCAAGUUAGCGGCUGUUUCAAACAGCUGAUCUAAUCCCAGCAACAUAUGUUUUUGUUUACACAAAAAUUCACUUGUUUUUUAAUCGUGCUGUCAAUCGAAUGCGAAUCAAUCAUUUUCUAAUUCUAAAAACGUCUCAAACUUUCCCAACACCUCAACCCUUUACCCAAGAACAAACUUGUGAACCAGCAUGGUCCAGAACGACAGUUCGAAUUCAGGCGACGAGGGCUCGCCCCCAGUAGCCGCCCCCAACCCGGCCAAGGGCAUUCCUUUGGGGAAGUACCGCCUCGUGGGUUGGGGGGUGGACACCACCGGACGCCGCCUCAUCGACGAAAUCUGCCAAAUCGCCGCCUACAGCCCUUCAAGUCAAUUUUCCCAAUACAUCAUGCCCUUCUCAGAUUUAAACCCUUCGUACCGUCGCAAACACAGCAUCCGUGUAGUCAACACGGGUCGCUAUCGCAUGCUCAAAGACAUGCGAUCGAAUAAAUUCGUCAAGACCAAGAGCGACGUGGCGGCGCUUACCGACUUCCUCGAAUGGCUGGAGAAGGUGCAAGGGGAUGACGCCCACGACGGCAUCAUCCUCAUCUACCACGAGAUACGCAAAGCAUCACCAGGCAUGCUCCUGGAGGUCCUACGCAGGUACAACCUCCUGGAGCGUUUCGCUAAAAUUGUCAAAGGCUUUGCGAACGGUUUUAACAUUGCUCAAGCAAAAUGCGCCAAAACCACCAAAUCGUUCAGUCUGAGAGUCAUGGCUAAGGUGCUCCUCAACCGCGAAGAUGAAGAUUUUUCCAGUGCUGUUGACCGAGCGAGGGUUUCGUAUGAAAUUGCGGCGCAUUUAGCGCAAGGCGAACGCCAGGAUUUGGACGAGAAGAAACCCACAGGAACCGAACCCGAAAUUAUUAAUUUUGUUUGCCCGUUUGUUAAUCCUAUUUCAGCAGAAGAGGAUGAAAUUGCACAGUUUAAGGUGUUGCUAGAAAGGCAAAACACUUUCCGCCCUGUUUUUGGUGCCUUAUUGAGAGCGAGUCGCCCCGAAAGACAGCAUGCAACGCAUUUGAGACGACUUUUGGCCGAAAAUAAUAUUAAUUAUGAUAAAUUGAAGCAGGCGUAUGAGGAUGGUGCAAAGGAUGGAUUGGAUAAGGUGCUAAAAAGUGAGGUAGCGAACGCCAAAGAGACUGAACUGAGCGAGCUGUUGGACAUUUUGGAUUGUUUUUUCGAUCCGGAGAAAAAGGCUGUGCAGCCCAAGCCACGGUAUUAUCAAAACAACAACAAUAGGAAACCUCGAGGUACAAGAAAAUCGUUCAACAAAGAUAGGAAUUCAGAAUCGACGAGUAGUCCAAACGCCUCGUCUGAUAAUGCGACUGAGAAAACUGGAACCGAAUCUGAAAAAGAGAAGACUGUAGAAGUGCAAUAAUUGUGCCUUUGACAUUUUUCAUUGAUUUUUUUUACAACACUUCUUUCGUUGCUUUAUUAAUCAGUUAAGAAUUUUUUUAUUUUAUUUGUAAUUAUUAAUGCGUAAUUUAACGUUUUUUUUUAACGAAAGGUGUGUUACUAUAAGGUGUUAAUAUUUUCGGAGUUUAUUUGUGGAUAAAAUCUUUAAGUUUAUAGGAGUCAUGUUGAUCGUGAUAAUGAGAUAAUAUAUUGCAAUUAUUGUAUAUUAAGUUUGAUAAUGGGUGAUUUUUAUGUGGCAAAUUUAUUUUAUAUUUGUUACAUACCUGUUAUUUAUUAAAAAAUAUAACUAUUAACCGAC